AAAACAAAGAACGAACCAUGUCUUUAUCAAUUUCCUCUUCUUUUAUCCUCUUCUUGUUGUUCGUCAUCACACCAUAUGUCCAAAGCCAACCCAUUGCUCCAGCUCCGACAAAUGAAGCAAGUCCAGUCAAUCUCACGGCGGUUCUUGAAACUGGUCACCAGUUUACUACAUUCAUGCGACUCCUCAACACAACUCAAGUAGGGUUUCAGGUAAGUGUUCAACUCAAUAGCUCUGAUCAAGGGAUGACUAUAUUUGCUCCAACAGACAACGCAUUUAACAACCUUAAACCCGGAACCUUAAACAGUCUCACAUACCAACAACAAAUCCAGCUCAUUCUCUACCAUAUCAUUCCCAAAUAUUACUCUCUAAGCGAUCUUCUCUUAGCAAGUAACCCCGUUAGAACUCAGGCUACGGGACAAGAUGGAGGAGUUUUUGGGUUGAAUUUCACAGGACAAGGUCAAAUCAAUCAAGCGAAUGUUUCUACAGGUGUUGUUGAGACAAGGAUCAGUAACAUAUUAAGACAAAAGUUUCCACUAGCAGUUUAUGUAGUGGACAUGGUACUGUUGCCGGAAGAGUUGUUCGGAAACAAGACUGCUCCCACUGGAGCUCCGGCCCCUAAGACCUCGCGUUCUUCUGAUGCAGAUUCGCCGGCUGCUGAUGGAGACCACAACAAUUCUGCUGGAUCAAGCGUCAAGGGGACAAGUCUAGGGUUUGUUCUUGGCUUUGCAUGGUUUUGUUGCUCGGUUGUAUCGUACCUUUCUUGAAACUAUACUAAAAGCGGGAAAAGUUACGAAUAAUUCUUUUUUUUUUUAAAAAAAAAUUGCGUGAUUGAUUCAUUUGUGUUUUCGAAUAUCUGAUUUGUAAUCUUCCAUUUAUUUCUUAAGAAAAUAUGGUUCUUG